CUUUGGCUCAUCAGCUGUCCCCGAUCCCUUCUCCUCCCCUCACUGACUGUAGCCGCCGUCCUUGCUAGUGGCUCUUCUCCUCCAGCUUUCUCUACCCUCACUUCCUUCCUUCCUCGUUGAAAAAAAUGCGGCAAACGGAAGCUCGAUAAACCUGUAAGUUUUUAAGAUCGGAAAAAAAGGUCGAUGAAACCUUUCCAGUCAUCAAACUUUCAUUCAUUUUUUGAGUGGAAGCACGCGAGCUAAUGUUACUUCUACGCUGACUUCGGUGAAAUUGUCUUCCGAUGGCGCUUUCAUUCGAGAUUGUUGGUAGGUUUAACCGCGCUCGAGCAGCUCAACUAACACUCCCUCAUUUUAUAUGCCAAACACCACUUUUUAUGCCUGUCGGCACACAAGGUACCAUAAAAGGUUUAACUAAUAGCCAGCUGGAGGAAAUUGGCUGUCAGAUUAUUUUGGGGAACACUUACCAUUUGGCUCUUCGUCCUGGUGCGGACUUGAUAGAUGAUAUGGGUGGUCUACACAAAUUUAUGAACUGGAAAAGAGCAUUACUUACUGAUUCUGGUGGUUUUCAAAUGGUUUCCCUGUUGCAUUUGGCUGACAUUACUGAAGAGGGAGUUACGUUUCAGUCUCCUACUGAUGGGAAGCCUAUGCUAUUAACUCCAGAAGAAUCAAUCCGAAUCCAGAACAAAAUUGGAGCUGAUAUCAUAAUGGCUCUUGAUGAUGUUGUAAGGACCACAAUCACUGGCCCUAGAAUUGAGGAGGCUAUGAAUCGAACUCUUCGUUGGAUUGACAGAUGCAUUGCGGCUCAUAAAAGACCUGAAGUGCAAAACUUAUUCGGUAUUGUACAAGGAGGACUUGAUCCGACUCUCAGAGAUACAUGUGUGAAGGGCCUUGUUAGCCGCAAUUUACCUGGCUAUGCUAUUGGCGGUCUUGCAGGAGGAGAAGAUAAAGACUCCUUUUGGCGUGUUGUUGCCCAAUGCACUGCUGCCCUUCCAGAGGAUAAGCCUCGUUAUGUGAUGGGUGUUGGUUAUCCGCUUGAUAUUGUGGUUUGCAGCGCUUUAGGUGCAGACAUGUAUGAUUGUGUUUAUCCUACACGUACUGCCCGCUUUGGCACAGCACUCAUACCUGAGGGUGUACUGAAGUUAACACACAUGGCAAUGGCCAGCGAUGAGCGUCCAAUUGAUAGUACAUGUAUUUGUAUGGUAUGUAAGAAUUAUACACGAGCUUACAUUCACUGUCUCGUAACAAAAUAUCCCAUGGGUUCUCAGCUUCUAUCAUAUCACAAUCUUUCAUAUAUGAUGAGGCUAAGCCGGGAUCUUCACUCAUCAAUACUAGAGGGCCGGUUCCCAGAGUUCGUGCAAGGAUUUCUACGCACACAGUUUCCUAAAGGCGAUGUUCCAUUAUGGGUAUGCAAUGCUAUGGAGGUUGCUGGUAUUGACAUCUCAUCUUGUUGUGCUCCUAAUCAAUCUUCUCAUGCUUAGCUGAAACUUUCCAGUUAUAGAUACUACGAGCUAUAUUGAUUUACCCACAAUAGCUGAUUUAUUUUUAGGAGAUUUUUUUUUUAUUAAAUCUGUAAUUUUAAUCAUUGCUCAAUUAUUUU